AUGCCAAAGCUAGCAACUCUCAAAGGUCCCUCUAUUCACCUCAUUCAAUACCUCAGAAAUGAGGCCCCAUACAGCACGCUCGAUGGCCUCGCGGGAUGGGCCGCCUCUAUCGGCAUAAAGGCCCUACAGAUCCCCGUCGAUCCGCGACUCAUCGACAUCCACCGCGCCGCCUCCGACCAAGCGUACGCUGACUCGAUCCUUGCGACCGUGCGCAAGCACGGACUGGAGAUCUCCGAGCUCUCGAGCCACCUCGCGGGGCAGCUCGUGGCAGCGCACCCCGCGUACGACGCGCUCUUCGACGGGUUCGCGCCGGCGGAGUACCGGGGAAACAAGGCGGCGCGGGAGGAGUGGGCGCGCGGAGUGCUCUUCGCCUCCGCGAAGGCGUCGAAACGGCUCGGCCUGAAAGCGCACGCGACCUUCUCGGGCGCGCUCGCCUGGCCGUACUUCUACCCGUGGCCGCAGCGCCCCGCAGGGUUAAUCGACACCGCAUUCGAGGAGCUGGGGCGGCGGUGGCUGCCGAUCCUUGAGGCGUUCGACGAGGCGGGGGUGGACCUGGCGUACGAGAUCCACCCCGGGGAAGACCUGCACGACGGCGUCUCCUUCGAGCGGUUCCUGAAAGCGGUGAACAACCACCCCCGCGCGAGCAUCCUGUACGAUCCGUCGCACUUUGUCCUGCAGCAACUCGACUACCUCUCGUUCAUCGACAUCUACCAUGAGCGGAUCAAGGUCUUCCACGUCAAGGAUGCGGAGUUCGUACCGGACGGACGGCAGGGCGUCUACGGGGGCUACACGGACUGGGCGGAGCGCGCGGGCCAUUUCCGCGCGCUAGGGGACGGGCAGGUGGAUUUCAAGGGUAUUUUCACGAGGCUAGCAAAGUACGGGUUCGACGGCUGGGCGGUGCUCGAGACGGAGUGCGCGUUCAAGGACCCGGAGGUGUGUGCGGUGGAGGGCGCGGAGUUUAUCAAGAGGCAUAUCAUACCCGUCGUCGGCGACGGUGCGUUCGACGAUUUUGCAGGGAGCGGGCUGUCAAAAGGAGGUGUUAGGAAGGUGCUUGGGUUGGAGUGA